UAUGGAAGGCACAUUUGGACUAGACCAUGAAGCACCCAGUGAAAGGGUGGGCCGACGGCGCAGCAUGCCGGGCAGCACAAUGGAUAAAAACCCCUCCGCCAUUGAAGAGGCGUCCUCUACAGCUCUUAGAGUAACGGGUUUCCUGAGCCGAAGGCUGAAAGGCUCCAUCAAACGCACCAAAAGCCAACCCAAGCUUGACCGCCACAGCAGCUUCAGGAACAUCCUCCCGGCCAUCAAAAGCCCCAACAAUGACAGAUCCCAUCUGAUGCCGAGACUGAAGGAGUCACGGUCUCACGAGUCGUUGCUCAGUCCCAGCAGUGCGGUGGAAGCUCUGGAUCUCAGAAUGGAGGAGGAGGUGCUUAUCAAACCAGUACACAGCAGCAUCCUGGGACAGGACUUCUGCUUUGAGGUAACUACAUCAACAGGAAGCAAAUGCUUCUCCUGUCGUUCAGCUGCGGAGAGGGAGAAAUGGAUGGAGAACCUGAGGCGAGCUGUGCAUCCCAACAAGGACAACAGUCGGCGGGUGGAGAACAUGUUAAAAUGUUGGAUUAUCGAAGCCAAGGACUUACCCGCAAAGAAAAAGUACUUUUGCGAACUGUGUCUGGAUGACGCACUUUAUGCGCGGACUACCUGCAAGCUUAAAACAGACAAUGUUUUCUGGGGUGAGCACUUUGAGUUCAACAACCUGCCGGCGGUCAAAAGCAUCACCGUGCAUCUAUACAAAGAGACGGAUAAGAAGAAGAAAAAGGAGAAGAACAAUUAUAUAGGCUUGGUGAACAUCCCUAUAGCAGCCGUAACAGGCCGACAGUUUGUGGAGAAGUGGUACACGGUGAGCACCCCGAACCCCAGCAAGGGCAAGACGCCCGGGCCCAUGGUGCGCAUGAAGUGCAGAUACCAGAGCAUGAGCAUCCUCCCUAUGGAGCUGUAUAAGGAGUUUGCAGAGUACAUCACUAACAACUACAUGCUAAUGUGCUCUGUGCUAGAGCCAGCGAUCAGCGUCAAGGGCAAGGAGGAGAUGGCCUGUGCACUCGUACACAUCCUCCAGAGCACCGGCAAGGCCAAGGACUUCUUGACGGAUCUGAUGAUGUCUGAGGUAGAUCGAUGUGGAGAAAAUGAGCAUCUGAUCUUUCGAGAGAACACGUUGGCCACCAAAGCCAUUGAAGAGUACCUGAAACUGGUGGGCCAGAAAUACCUGCAGGAUGCUUUAGGCGAGUUUAUAAAAGCGCUGUACGAGUCAGAUGAAAACUGUGAAGUGGAUCCAUCAAAGUGUUCCUCCAGUGACCUAGCUGAGCACCAGGGCAACCUGAAGAUGUGCUGUGAGCUCGCCUUCUGCAAGAUCAUCAACUCUUACUGUGUGUUUCCUCGAGAGCUAAAGGAGGUGUUUGCAUCCUGGAGGCAGGAGUGCAGCAACCGUGGCCGGCCGGAUAUCAGCGAGCGGCUGAUCAGCGCCUCACUCUUUCUGCGCUUCCUCUGUCCUGCCAUCAUGUCACCUUCCCUUUUCGACCUCAUGCAGGAAUAUCCUGACGACCGUACUGCACGCACUCUCACCCUCAUUGCCAAGGUUACACAAAACCUUGCCAACUUCACCAAAUUUGGCAGUAAAGAAGAGUACAUGUCCUUCAUGAACCAAUUUUUGGAGCACGAGUGGACCAACAUGCAGAGAUUUCUGCUGGAGAUCUCCAAUCCAGAGACCAUUUCAAACACAGCAGGUUUUGAGGGCUACAUCGAUCUGGGCAGAGAGCUCUCCACACUUCACUCUUUACUGGCGGAAUCUGUCGCUCAGCUCGACCAGAGCACUGCUACAAAGCUGGGACCUCUGGUGAGGAUCCUGAGGGAUGUGAAUGUGGCCCUGACUAACCCAACCGGAGCCCCACUGUCUUCCCCCACAGAGCGUGUCGGUUCACCCACCAUUCCUGGCUGCAGUGUUUCCACUGGGCUUCAUAAGUUUGUCAUGGACUCUGAGCUCACGGGGUUGGUGGAUUUCACACGGCUGCCAUCCCCAACCCCCGAAAACAAAGACUUAUUUUUUGUGACGCGGGGUUCGACAGUCCAGGCAUCUCCAGCUCGCAGCUCGAGCUACUCAGAAGCCAACGAGCCAGACAUGCAAAUCUCCAACGGCAACAAGAGUCUGUCCAUGGUGGACCUGCAGGACAACCGGAGUGUAGAAAGCACAGCCAAUACAACCUCCAGUGACCCCACUAAUGACAGCCAGAGCUCAGCAGCAUGGAGCACUCGCACCAUGAAAGGCAGCGCAGUUGCAGGACCCACCCUCAGAAAGACAGCUCAGACACCCUCUACGACGUGCAUAGAGAGCGCUCCAGGACGACCUCAACUUCUGGCCCCGCUGUCCUUUCAGAACCCUGUGUACCAGAUGGCAGCUUCUAUGCCGGUAUCACCACGAGGUGCUGGUGACUCAGGUUCAGAAUGCCAAAGCUCAGUUGGCUCUCAGAGCAACACAGAAGAAGCUGGAAAUGUAGGAAUCAAACCCACAUUCAUCACCCAAGCCAAUGUGGGCACAUCAGUCGGAGGAAAUACCAACGACGAUUUAUCAAGACGCUCUGGCGAUUUCACACGAAGGCAGAUGUCUCUUACUGAGGCGCAGCACCAAUCCAACGUACCGAGACAGAACAGUUCCGGCCCACAGAGACGGAUCGACCAACCUCCACCUGCGGUCACCCGAGGACGCACUCCGCCCAGCAUGCUCAACACCGCCCCAUACCCGAGGCCCUCCAGCGGUAGCAUGAUGUCAUCAUCAUCACCAGAUUGGCCCACCAAUGGUGCCAGACUAAGACAGCAGUCCUCCUCUUCCAAAGGAGACAGUCCUGAGAUCAAACAGCGCACCUUACACAAACAGGCGCCAUCUCCAGUGAAUCCCAGCGCUCUGGAUCGCACCGCUGCCUGGUUGCUAAAUAUGAAUGUGCAGUAUCUGGAGCAGGAGGGAAUUGACCCAGAUUCCAAACACAGAGAAGAUCUGCCCAAUAAGGAUGAUCUCAACCAGACUGAAAAGUAUCAUCAGGAGAUGAGUAUACUGCAGGAGCGCCUGAGACUGGCGAUGAAGAAGCUUGAGGAGUAUGAAGCACGUCUGCAGGUGCAGGAUGAUGAUACGCAGAAGAUGCUGCUGGAGUAUCAGGCGCGACUGGAGGAUGCAGAGGACCGCCUGCGCAGGCAGCAGGAGGAUAAAGAGCUGCAGAUGAAAAGCAUCAUCACCAGGCUAAUGUCAGUGGAAGAGGAGUUAAAGAAGGAUCAUGCAGAUAUGCAGGCCAUUGUCGACUCCAAACAAAAGAUUAUUGAUGCCCAGGAGAAAAGAAUAGCCUCUCUAGAUGCAGCUAAUGCCCGCUUAAUGAGUGCACUGUCUCAGUUAAAGGAGCGCUACAGUAUGCAGACACGCAAUGGCAUCUCACCCACCAACCCCAGCAAACUGCAGAUCACAGAGAAUGGCGAAUUUCGCAACACCAGCAACUGCUAGCAAGGAUGCUAAACCCUGAAGGGUACAAGGGCUACGGGUAAUAAUCACAGUGGAAAACAAGCCACGCUGGCGUGAUUAGAAAGACUCGCUCUCAGUGCAGGUGGAUUUGCAGGAAGUGUGAAGUGUAAAA